GUGAGGUGGAGGUAGAGGAGCAAGAGUAGGCUGAGAAGGCGGCGAUAGAGGAGAGGAGCGGCCAGAAGAAGGAGGAUGGAGGAGCAGCCGAAGGAGGGCGAGGCCGAGGUCGCGGAGCCCUGGUUCUCUAAGUGGGAGCGCCAAUGCCUGGCCGAGGCCGAGCAGGAAGAGGAGCUGCCCCCCGAUCUGCAGGAGGAGGCGGCCCCUGAGGCGGCGGGGCUCAAGAGCGAGCAGCAGAAGCUGUGGCACCUCUUCCAGAUCUCAGCCACCGCCGUGGCCCAGCUCUACAAGGAUACGGGGUGCCAACAGCCAGGACUCUCCAUGUGGGACCCCUUCCAGAAUGCGGCCAUGGCCGUAACCAGCCUCUACAAGGAGAGCGGGCAUGCCCACCAACGAAGUUUUGACCUGGGCAUCCAGGUUGGCCACCAGCGUCGCCUCAAAGAUGUGCUGGAAUGGGUGAAAAAGGGCCGGAGCACCAUCCUCCGUGAAGAUUUGAUUAGCUUUCUGUGUGGUAAAGUGCCCCCCGCGCCUCCGCCGCCGCGCACCCCGAGGGCGCCCCCGAAGCCACCCGCCGGGGCCCCCAGCCACUCCGCGACCACCGAAUCCGGCCCUUCGGUGGACGUCGACCUGCAGCCGUUCCACGAGGCCAUCGCCUUGCACGGCCUCAGUGGCGCCAUGGCCAGCAUCAGCGUGCGAUCUGGCGCGCCCGGCUCCCCGCCUCAAGCCAGCGGUGUGGCCAGCGGCGGCCGCCGAAGAAGUAGCUUCCUCGAGGAUGCAUCGAACCCCAUCGACUCCGAAGAACUGGCCCUCCGCCUGGACAGUGGGGGGACCCGCAAGCGCACCUCGGCCCAGUGCAGUGAUGGCAACACAGACUCCCCAAGCCACAAGCGUAACCGAAUGGUCUAAACUGGUUGAAACUGUCUCACGGGUCGUUCAGGCGCCAUAUUGCUCGACCAUCAACUUGCUCGUCAAAAGGGUCCUCGAGCCGAUUUCUUCCUUCUCUAAGUUAAACAAAGAUUUGUAUCAGUUUGUCACAAAGAAACUUUAAAAGUAUUCCAGCAAAGGUCUCGUAUGACUCUGACUUUCCC